AUGAGAAAUAUUAAUAGAAAACUCUAUUUUAACUUACUUCUCAUCUUCAAUGGUUAUGUCAUUACCACAGAAUCAUAUGGUCAUGAAAUUUUUUCGAAUGAUGAUACGCAUCUAAGCCGAAUAAUGUAUAACGAAUUAAUUCGAGAGAUCGAACAUCAGCAGAGACUUCUACGAAGUGUGACUGAUAUGAGUGCAACUGGUACGGCAGGAGGUAGCCCAGGUGAAACAAUAACAGAAGGUUCUGGAGAAACUACAGCAUCGCCGUCCACGUAUACGGAUGAUGUUUCUUCGGUGUCUAUACCUCAUGGAUCCUAUGAAUCGGUAACACCCUCAACAAGCAGUAUUUCUAUCCCUAGUACUACUUCCAACCCUGACUAUACGCAACAACCGUCAACAGGAGCUACUUCGCAGAAAGAAUCGUAUUCAACCAUCCUAUCUGAAACAACAUCUCACUCUGCAACGCCCAUCAUAGAUCACAGUACUGAAUCUUCAGAAAGUUCAACAGAUAUUAUAGUUACCGCAAUAUAUUCCGAUGAAACUGCACUACUAACCAUCAGUCUCGACCAAUCUUCUGCAUCUUCAGAAGGAUCGAUGUUUACCGUUACGGAUCACGAUAUGUCCUUAACUACCACAAAUGAAACUAUAUUGACCAUCUCCACACUUACACCGGAAUCAACAGAAUAUCAGACAACACCCUUGAGCGCCAUAUCUGACACCAGCUCAGCAAUCGUCAGCGAUACUUCUUUGUACCACUCAACAAUGACGGCUAACGUUCCUAUUACAACCAUAUCAACUACCACAACCACAGCAACCACCACAACCACAGCAACCACCACAACCGCAUCAACUACCACAACCGCAUCAACUACCACAACCACAGCAACUACCACAACCACAGCAACCACCACAACCGCAUCAACUACCACAACCGCAUCAACUACCACAACCACAGCAACUACCACAACCACAGCAACCACCACAACCACAACUGCCACUUCGUACAUUCCUGAAAAAUGUGAAAAUGCAACUCAUGCGAAGUUACCAAACGAUACUUGUGUAUCCAAGGGAUCAGCCUUAACAUUUGUUCAUCAAACACUCAACUCACCCAAUGCAACAAACAACGACAAGGCUGAAGCACUUGCCUUGUAUUUUGUCUCCAUUGAUGAUUCCAGCUCUUCUCCUUCCUCCAACUCAACGAAUACCUUAGCCCUUACCGACAUAGAACGAAUUCUUGAUAACUUUACUGAUGUCACCGCCGAUAUCAGUUCAUCGGCAUCUUUUCUCGUGGCUCAGCCAAUUAAUCGAACCAUUGAAAAAGGAAUCAUUUUAGGUGCUUCAGUCUACAGUCAAAGCAGCGGCGAGAUCGUCACCACCCUCAAUAAAGGUCGUAUCAUAUCCAGUUCGAAUUUAACAACAGCAGCUAUCAUUGACAACACAACUCUGGAUGGCGUUACUUCACUCAGUGUCCUCAUCAUCAAUCAUCCAACGUCCUUCCGAAAUGCUGACAACACCACCAACAAAACUAUCGCAUCUUCACUUGCUAUUCUAUCGGUUCAACCACACCAUUUCAUUAAAUCCAUCAACAUCUCCCUAUACUUUCAACUUCUUAACGGCUCACGUCCAAGUGACGACCUAGACUAUCGAUGUUCAUACUUUAACACAACUCAUCACACUUGGGAAGAGCACGGAUGUUCAUCAGCACUCUACAACCACAUCUACAAUCGGUACGAGUGCUACUGCAAUCAUAACACAUCAUUUGCACUCAUCUGGACACCCAAGAUACCACUCACCUCACAUCUCGAUGCACAAGACAUUGCAUCACUCGUUGUCCAGUUCAUCUCCAUUACGUGCUUCAUCAUUGUCAUCGUACAUGGACUCGUCACUCAACUGUCCAAUCGACUCGGCUCUGUCCAGGCUCGACUUCUUCUUCCACUCAUAUCCGCUGCAACGACCACACUUCUCUUUAUUUUCUACAUCGCACUAGCACUCACUGUCUACAAACACACACCGUCGUCGACAACUACGAAUCGAUGCUUUGUGAGCUCGAGCGUAUUGAUGUUCAUCACUUAUUUUCUCUUGAUCUUCAUGUUUUGUGUGAAGAGCAGCGUGGGAUAUUUCAACUAUCUACGAUUCGUGCACUUGUUUCCUGAGCCAUCGCAUGGCAGACUAUACUUUCUGUUGCUGUUAUCAUUUGUUGUGUCUGCUGUGUGCACAUCACUGGCCGUCGGACUGAACUCGAACACUGCACUAAACAUCACCGAACUGUAUCGAUUCAGACUGUGCUGGUUUAGUCGAAGUGUGAACUACUAUUUUCUGACGAUUCCAGCAUGUUUGUUUGUGUUGGUGAAUGUGGUGAUGUUGAUUGUUGUUGGGAGUCGAAUCGUGAAUCAUGCUCGACAUGCGACUUCGCAUCAUCAAUCGUACGAGCGAAUGAAGCGAUGUGUAUUGGUGUUGAUGUCGUCCAGUAUCAGUCAAGGUGUUGGUUGGGUGUUUGGUCCGUUGAUUGGUAUCGAUAACAAGAUAACUGUGACUGUGUUCGGAUGGAUAUUUGUGAUACUUAUCGGACUUGAAGGUCUUUGGACAAUUACCUUGUAUAUCAUAAUUCGCCUUCAGCACAUGGAUGAGGUAAAGCGAAUAACUGCGCAGAAAGAUUUGACAAAAUCUACGAAACUCUCAUCUGGUAAAAGGAAAGAGAAACUGGAUGUGCAUGCAGAAGAAAAGCGUUCUCAGCAAGUUCACAGCCCAUCAACAGAUAUAUUGAAAAAUUCGACAAUUCGGGAAAAUCGAGAAGACAUAAGCCGAGCAAGCAUUGACGCAGUGAGACGGUGGUAA